AUGGACGCCGUCGUACGGACAUGUCGUCCGCCGCCGGCCGCUGGGGAGGAGCCGCGGGACGCGCGUGUGGCGCGGAAGCUCCUGCGUUCGGUCGGGCUCAGGGAGGACAGCUACGACGCGGGGGUGGUGCACCGGUUCGUGGAGCUCACCCACCGCUACGCCGGCGGGGUGGUCGGCGAGGCCAGGGCCUACGCCGACCACGCCGGCAGGGCGUCGCUCGAGGCCGACGAUUUGCACCUCGCCAUCCGGGCGAAGGCCGCAAUCUCCCCCGGGCCGCCGGGCCGCGAGGCUAUCUUUGACCUGAUACGCAGCAGGAAUUCGGCCCCUCUGCCCAAAUCGACUGCUCCUGCCGGAUCGAUUCCUCUCCCGCCUCUUCAGGACAUAAUGCUGAGCCAAAACUACCUGUUCGUUCGUCCGAUUGAUCCACCGCCUGAUCAGGUUGAGGAAACCGAGGAUGGCGGUGAAGGUUCCAAUCCUAAACAAGAGCACAAUGGUCGCUAGUAACAAGCAGAAG